AUGACAAAACUAGACCGAUGUAUUGCCUCUCUUAUGCAAGGCAACAAAGCCAUGGAUAAACACUCACCAUGUGUCCAAGUGAUUGAAGUACGACAACAACAAAAGGCUGGUGAGAAAAAGCUCAUUGUAACCAUCAGCGAUGGUGUUCAUAGUUGUCCAGCCAUUAUCAUCAAACCUACUCAAAAACCCGACAAGUUCAGCGUCAUCAAGAUUCUUGAAAGUUUGAAACACACAAGAGAUAUUCUUCUCAUUGUCAAGUAUACGAUUGAAGAGACAUUAGAUACCAUGAUUGGAUCUCCAAAAAGCUAUACUUCGGAUUCUAAUGUAUCGGAAUCUAGUAGCAGUACUACUGCAACUGGAACAAGUAAUAGCAGUGCUUCUCGUUCAUCAUCAUCAAACGUUUCCGAACACAGAAAACCAGUGAAAAAGAGUGCUGGAGUUGAGGCUGCCGAUAGUUUCUAUGACGAUGGUGGUAUGAGUAGUGUGUUACAGGAAGGAGAGAAAAUGACCGAUGAUCAAGUUGCUCCAAUUACUAGCAUCGGCCCAUACGAGCAAAAUUGGGUAAUCAAGGCUCGUAUCACUCAAAAAUCUGACUUGAAACAUUGGGACAAGGGCACGACCAAAGGAUGUCUCUUCUCUAUUGAACUUUUGGACGAAUGGAAUGGACAAAUUCGUGCUACUUUUUUCAAUGAUGCUGCCAAAAAGUAUGUCAAUGUAUUGAAAGAAGGUGGUGUUUAUUUCUUCUCUGGUGGAAAAGUGAAAGACGCCAACAAGAAAUUCACUACCAUUCCACACAAUUAUGAAAUUACCUUCGAUCGUACAGCUUCUAUCCAAGCUGCUAAAGAAACAGCCAUUCCAGAAGGAAACUUUAAUUUCACUCGUUUUUGUGAUGUUGCAAGCGUGGAAGAGAAUGCAAUUGUGGACAUUAUUGGUGUAGUGAAACAACUUUCAGAAGUGAAAGAUUUCACAACCAAAAACAAUAGAAAGACCAAACGUUGUAAUGUCACACUUAUUGAUAACUCAUCCAAUGAUCCAAACUCAUUCUUCCAAGUUGAUUUGACAAUAUGGGGUGACAUGUGUGAUUCUAUUCAAUUUAAUGAAGGAGAUGUUGUGAUUUUCAAGAAUGUUAGAAAGUCCAACUACAAUGGUAUUUCUCUCAAUACCGUGAACAACACUCGCAUUAUUACACGUUCAAGCAUUCCUGAAUAUCAAGCUCUGGCUGAAUGGUGUGGCGAUCAUUCAAGUGGUUUUGGAGAUGAAGUUGCAAUCAAAUUGACGCAACGUCAAACUGCUGCCAAUUCUACCAAAACCUUCAAAAGAAAGAAUGUCAUUCAAGACAUCAAAAAUACCAAUGUCGAGGAUGUGAUGAAUGAUGCUCUAACAUUUUACUUGAGAGCAUAUGUGUCCUAUAUCAAACCUGACUUGUGGUAUGAGGCUUGUCCAAACGAAAAAUGUCACAGAAAAGUUCAACAAGAUGGAGAUCGCUAUGUUUGCAAUGUAUGUGGACCUGUACCAUCAUGUAUUCGUCAAUAUAAGGCAACAUUUGCAAUUACUGAUUGGACAGGAAAGCAAUGGUGUCUUGGCUUCAACAAUGCUGUUUUGGAAAUCUUUGACAAGGUGUCUGCUGACGAGAUGUGUGAAAAGGCCAAUAUCGACACUCAGUAUAUGCCUAUGGUGUUGUCGAGGGCAAACUGGACAAGAUUUGUAUUCUAUAUUCGUGUCACAGCUGACAGGGCUCAAAAUAAUGAGAUGAAAUUGAAGUAUACUGCCUCACGAAUUUACAAUAUUGAUUAUGCCACAGAAGCAAAGAGUAUUCUUAGUACCAUUAAGGAUUAUGGAUUUUAA